GGACCACCGCCUCAGUGUGACUCUGCCUGCUGAACUCAGCGCGCCUCCGGUCCUGGGUGUGACUCAGCGCGCGGUGAGCUCGCGCGGUUCCGUCUGUUUCAGGUGUGAGUUCAGGUUCUGUUCUUUCUCUGAGUCAAACCCGCGUUUUUAGACAUUUAACCCUCAGUUUGAGAAGCGCAGUGAGGUCUGACUCACGGAGACGCCUCGAGGAGUGAAGCCGUGCGUAAAGCUGCUGACACGCGCGCCAAAGAAAAAAAAAAAAAAAAAAGGGACUUAUUUUACGCACCAACAUCACAAACUCCACAGACUCUGAACUCACGUGUUUCCUGCUGAGGAUGAAAAGCCAGAUGAGCCGCGAGCUGCUGCUCAGGUGGGUUUAACCCUCCGCUGGAUGAGAUGCCACCAUGUCCUUUACGCACCGGCUCGUUGUGCUCCUGCUCGGCUUCUGCCUCCACCACACGGUUGAUGGAAAGUUUCCCAACUGCCAGUUCCACUGGGAGAUUCAGAGAGCGGAGAGAGAGUGUCGGACACAGCUGCAGCAGCAGCAGCAGCAGACGCCCCCCCCCACCACAGGAUGUCGUGGUGAGUGGGGCUUCGCGUCCUGUUGGCACAAUGCGGCGGUCGGCGAGGUGAUGACCCUCCCCUGCCCCUCCCCCCUUCUGCAACUUUUUGGAAAAAAUGGGAACCUGAGCAGGAACUGCACGGAGAGCGGCUGGUCGGACGUCUACCCCGUCAUCACCGUCGCCUGCUGGUCCAACGACACAGGUGAACCCAACGAGCUGGUCUUCUACAGAGUGGUGAGGAUCCUGUCCACUCUGGGCCACAGCCUGUCGCUCAUCGCUCUGCUCACCAGCACCGUCAUCAUCUGUUUGUUCAGGAGGCUCCACUGCAUGAGGAACUACAUCCAUCUGAACUUGUUCCUGUCGUUCAUGCUGCGAGCCGUGGCCGUGCUGACCAAAGACACGCUGCUCUUCUCAGAUGACGAGGACACAGACUGCAGCACGCAGCCCUCACUGGUGGGCUGUAGAGCCAGCCUGGUGUUCUUCAACUACUUCAUCAUGGCAAACUUCUUCUGGCUGCUGGUGGAGGGUCUCUACCUGCACAUGCUGCUGCUCGUCAUCCACACCUACUCCACCCCCCUCUCCAUCUACAUGUUCAUCGGCUGGGGAAUCCCUUUUGUCUUCCUGGUGGCGUGGAUCAUAUGUAGGAUUAAACUGGAGGACACAUGGUGCUGGGAGAUGAAUGAAAACCCGAUCCCCAACAGACUGAUCAACUGGCCCAUCAUGGCGUCCGUCAUUAUCAACUUUAUUCUGUUCAUCAGCAUCAUUCGUAUCCUGGUGCAGAAACUUCGCUGCACGGACGUCGGAGGAAACGAGAAAUCACAGUACAGACGUCUGGCGAAGUCCACCCUCCUGCUGAUCCCUCUGUUCGGGGUGAACUACGUGGUGUUCGUCUACCUGAUGGAGCCGCCCGAUAAAAACAUGAAUCGCAUCAAGAUCUUCUUCGAUCUCGGCCUGGGAUCCUUCCAGGGUCUAAUUGUGGCUGUGUUGUACUGUUUCCUCAACAGCGAGGUUCAGAGCGAGCUGAGGAGGACGUGGAGGAGUUUAUCUCUCAAGCGUUACGUGGGGCGGGACUACAGGCUGCACGCCAUGUCAAUCAGCCGAAACGGCACCGAGAACUCUGCCCAGUUUCCCAGGAACUCCCGAGCCCAGUCCAUCCUGCAGACUGAGACCACCAUGCUGUGACGGUCUGGUUUUUGCAGAGACAUUCAGAACUUCCGCUCGUACUCACAGCGACUCAGAACGCAGGAAGUCGUACUCAAAGACGCUUCUAUAGACAUAUCACUUGCUGCUGCAGGGACUGAGCUGCAGAGGUUUCUGAGGUCAACAACCUCUUAUCAGAGAGGACGCGCCUCCUGGACUUUUCUAAUAUCGCUCUUGAGUUCGUCUUCACGGUGGUCUUCAGUGUUUUUCGACUCACAGACAUCCACACAUGACGCAGAACCUGCUGGAAUCAGGCAGAACAAAAACUUCCAUCAAUAAAUAGUUUUUAUUUCAGACUUUUAUUUCAGAUUGUUUUAUAUGAUUAAAUAUUCUAACACAUUCGGAGGUUGAGAAUUAAGGUUUUCAGCCUAAAAUGCAGUGCAACUACAUCAGUUUUUAUUCUUGCAUAUUCUCAGUGGUUAUUAAAUAUUUUUCAGACACAGCUGAAUGUAUUGAUAACGUGCUAUUAAUUCAGUUUAAUAGUGUCCUGUAGUUUCAUGCCAACAAACAUUUUAUAAAGUUACAUUUAACCUUGGUGGAUACCUCGUCUUCAAAGCAAAGAACAUUUACCACAAAGAUUAAAAACAAGCUAAAUAAGAAUUUAUGUAUUAGAAACAUGUUGGUUAGGGUUAAUGGUGGUGGUGGAGAAUCACUGAUUUUCCCUAUUACUUUCUACAAAGAUGAGUCUUUGAGAUGAGAUAACACCCAUAACAUUUACUUCCUACAGACAAACACAAGACGGGAACUGCACAGAACUUGUCCAGUCAAACUUAAAGUGUAUUAAGCUAAAAGCCCUUCAAGGGUAUGAACUUUCCCCUUUUUUGUCAUUUAAGCAACUUGCUCUUGGAAUCUCUCUGAAAGCAGCGCUGGGAUUUGUAGGAUGAGUGGACCACAGGAACUGUUUGGUUCUGCUUUCUGUAAGGUAGGAAGCAACCCAGGAGUCGACGAUGGGUCCGGCCUGGAUGGUGAGGUUGGUCCGUCCCUUGGUGGUUUCAGCGAGACGUGUCUCCUCCCGCCUGGAGAGAGAGCUGAAGGGCGGCAGAAAAGUCGGUUGGAGAAGGAGGUGUUCUUCAGUCCAUCCGGACCAUCUUCCCCCUGCACCAUCCCGAGCCAUCUCUUUUCCUUUUAAUCAUUUUUACCAGUGUAAACAGUUCAGAAGGGAAAAAAUGCAAAGGUUUUAGAAAACCUGCAGCAGAAAUAUAUGUUUUUUAUUAUUAUUAUUUUUAUUUUUUAGCUUUCCUCUCCUGGUAAUCAUCUCACGGCCCCUCAGGUUUAUCUUGCGACCCCUCACUGGGGUCUCGACCUCCAUGUUGGCAACUGCUGUCUAUGUGAGAUGAUAAAAAAGUAAUUUCAUGUGGGAGUUAAAGAAACGUACAGAUUACUGUAGCUUGUGUGUUUAUGUUAUUUUUCAUAUAAUUGGUGCCAUAUUCAGGGUUCAACCAAUAUGAGUCUCUGAAGCACAAAAUAUUUAAAAUGUAUUCUUGGAUUUCAGUGUUUACCAUUAGGAUCUGAAACGGUUUUACACAAAAACUCUUCUAAUCACGUUUAUUGCUGCCUGUAAAUGAAAUAAGUCACUAAAUAAAAAAUGAAGUAAUGAAAAUAGCAUGAGUCUCACCCUCAUCAGUAUUCUGGACAGUGAAUAUGUGCAUCUAUCCAAAGUGUCUGAGGCAGGGUUUCAGUUCUAAUUACAGCCAAAAAAACAAGAAAAAAACACCUUGUACAGAAAGUGACUGUUUUGUAUUUUGUAUUAUUUGUGUUUUUUUGUUGAUGACUGAGCAUCAGUGUCAUUUGUAAGCUUUUGAACUGUAAACCUGUGA